AUGAGGAAAUUAUUAAUUAUUUCGCUAAUAAUAGGAACUGCAUUGGCCCAAGCAGGGAGUGAAAGAAAACGAAUAGCUUUAUUACGAAGACGACAACAAAUUGAAAAUCUCUCCGAGCAAGAACAGAUUAAUGGUGGUUUUCUUCCGUCUGGAACUUCUCGUCUACCAGACAGCUUUCGCGGAUUAGAGGCUACUUCUUUUGACAUAUUUUCAAGGAGAAGACGUCGAUUUCGACCAAAUGUAGAAAUAACGAAUAAGGAAUCGCUUCGACCCCGUCGUCGCGAUUAUCUUCUAUCGCUGAGGUCCUCUCUUCGUAGAAUUGGCGGACGAACUGCCGAUGUACGGGAUAGGAGAACCUACAUGCCAGCUAUCAAAAGGCCACGAUUCACACCGAAUUUAAGAGAAAUACUUCCGAGACGAACGCCUAGUUACUCACCUACAGCACGUGGAAUAGACUCAAACUGGACACCCAGAUUACCAACAACUGUACUGGGAUCUGGUAAUUUUCUUCCGUCUAAUUUGAAUGAUUAUAUAGAGAGGACAAAUCCAGUAAAUGACAGAAGUUAUGUCUCACCUAAGAAGCCUUCUCUCCUUGUCGAACCUAUUCCUUUACCACCGCCAUUGGGCCCUACUCGUAUUUCAGCAAAAGAUCCUGUAGCACCUCUCUCGGUAAAACCAGAUUAUGUAGAGCCGAAGAGCCCAGUUCUGCCUCUACCAACAGAGGAAAAUUAUGUAGCGUCUAAGGAUCCAGUUCUUCUACCAACUAAACCAGAUUAUGUAGAGCCGAAGGAUCCAGUUCUUCUGCCAACUAAACCAGAUUAUGUAGCGCCGAAGGAUCCAGUUCUUCUGCCAACUAAACCAGAUUAUGUAGCGCCGAAGGAUCCAGUUCUUCUACCAACUAAACCAGAUUAUGUAGCGCCGAAGGAUCCAGUUCUUCUGCCAACUAAACCAGACUAUGUAGAGUCGAAGGAUCCAGUUCUUCUACCAAAUAAACCAGAUUAUGUAGCGCCGAAGGAGCCCGUUCUUCUACCAACUAAACCAGAUUAUGUAGCGCCUAAGGAACUCGGCCCUGUUCUUCUUCCAAACGAACCUGGAUAUGUUGCGCCAAAAGACCCUGUUCUUCUUCCAAACGAACCUGGAUAUGUUGCGCCAAAGGACCCUGUUCUUCUUCCAAACGAACCUGGAUAUGUUGCACCAAAGGGCCCUGUUCUUCUUCCAAACGAACCUGGAUAUGUUGCGCCAACGGGCCCUGUUCUUCUUCCAAACGAACCUGGAUAUGUUGCGCCAAAGGACCCUAUUCUUCUUCCAAACGAACCUGGAUAUGUUGCGCCAAAGGACCCUAUUCUUCUUCCAAACGAACCUGGAUAUGUUGCGCCAAAGGGCCCUAAUACUGACGCGCCAAAAAUUCCCUUUGGCCCCCUUGAUCCACUGAACAUUCCACCCCUUCCUGCUACAGGUCCUAUCCUUGAUCCAUUGUCUGGUUUAUCCACAGGUCCUCUUGAUACAUCAAUUUUGCCAUUAGACGUCAAUGACCCUAAUUAUGUCGAUCCAGCAGUAUCAUUCGAUCCAUUAAGCCCAUCCAAUAUUCCAUUGUUACCAACUAAUAUCAAGGAUCCAAAUAAUGUUCCAGAUUCGUUGUUCACCGGAUCUUCAGAUCUUCUCGAUCUACCCACAUUACCGUUGAGCGCUAAUGAUCCAGUCAAUCCUUCAGAGUUUCCAGUUUGGCCAAAUAAUCCAAAAGUUCCAACUAAUGUGAAGGAUCCAAAUUACGUUGCUGAUAAUUUAUUCACCGGACCUUUAGAUCCUCCAACACUCCCUGUAAAAGAUUCUAGUUACAUCGAACCAAAACUCACAGAUGCACCAGGUCCCUUAGAUUUUUCAUCAAUACAGGUACCUGCAAUUCCAAAUUUACCAAUCAAAGACCCUAAUUAUGUUGAACCAUCGGUAAAGGGUAACGCUGGUCCAAUAGAAGCGCUACCAAUUGGACCGCUUAAUCCAGUUGGUCCGAGCGUCAACAUAAACUCUCCAGAUUUUGUUGGUCCAUUAACGAUCGAUGCAUUGAAUCCUUUAGGUCCACUGGCUCCCCUCACUCCGAUAGACCUUCUGGAUACGUCAGCGGUCUCACCAUCGAAUAAGCCUGGUUAUAUUCCACCAAACGAUGCAUUUAUAAAUAGCAUAGGUUCUACAGGUGAUCCUCAAAGAGGACCGUUUGAUCCGAACUUUGCCGACCCCCUGUCCAUCUCGCCAGACGCUUUCCUCGAACCUUUGAUGCCUACAGGAGGGUUGAUGAGUGGUCCUUCGUCUCACCUGACGUCUUCAAAAAGUUUUGAUCCAAACUACGUUCCUGCUACUGAACCCCAAGUGCCAAUCUUCGGUGAACAACUUAAUAUAUUUGAUUCACCUGUAGCUACAACGAAAGCAGAAUAUGUUGAACCAGCUGUUACGGAUGUAAGCAAACCCACUUCAAAGGUAAUUUCUUCAAAUGAAAAGACAACAAAAGGUUCAGGCACGUUUGGUCCUUCUGAUAUGCCACAAGACAACAUCGGUAUUCGUGGACCCUUCUCAUUGCUAUCAUCAGACAACAUGUCUCCAGUAAGCGUAGACUCAUUUCCAGUCCCAGAUAUCCCCGCAUUAUCAGGUCCGACCGACCCUUUGACAGAAUUCGGAUCAACAGGAGGAUUAAAUGAUCCCUUAUUGAAUCCCUUAGGAUUUCAACCGGAACCUUCUCUUCCUGAAUCUCCGCUGUUUGAUAUUUCUCUGCCGCCUCUUCCUGACCUACCAGAACCAGUCAUUCCGGGACAAGUGCUAACACGGGGAGAAAUUAACGAAGCUGCUAGGCGAGAAUAUGCUAAAUCUGCUGACGCUUUUGACCCCAAGUGGAAUAAUCCAAAUGUACGGAAUUCCGACUUGUACGUCCAGGCAAAGGAAGUGGAUCCGAAAGAUGUUCGUCCUUCCAAAAUAAAAACAUUGUUUGAUUUGACAGAUGGCGAUGCUGGCGCUGAUAUCGUCAACAAAGCUGUGAAUAAAGUUAGCGAAAAAACUGAGAGUAUUAUGACGGACAAGAUGAAAAAGAGAGAAGGAUACCUUACAAAGUACGAUGCUCUUCGAUCCUAUGAAGGCGUAAGUAUUCAUUCUUAUAGAUUUUGA